AUGAGCUUCCCAAGUCCGACUACCAUAUACCAUAACAAUCCCUCUCCAAUUAUUGAUCCAACGCAACAGCAUCUUUCUGCAACAGGCAGGAUUGUUUUGGUCACUGGCGGAGGCACAGCCAUCGGUAAAGCUACAGUUGAGGCAUUUGCCAAAGCAAAAGCCGAUCACAUCUUUUUAGUUGGAAGAAGGCUCAACCUUCUUACAGAGGUAGAGGAAAAGCUCUCAGAAACUUACCCUCAGACAAAGUUCCAUGCCAUUCAAACCGACAUUACUCAGGAGAAUGAAGUUGAAAGCCUCUUCCAAGAGAUCAACAAAAUCGGAUUUCUGGACAUUCUAGUGGCCAACGCUGGGUACUUGCCAGAGCCGGGCAAAAUUGCUGCUACCGAAACAAGCGAGUGGUGGAAGGGCUAUGAGAUCAAUGUCCUGGGAACUUAUCUUCUCGCCAAAUACUUCAUCAACCAGUCCCAGGCCCCAAGGGGAAAGCCUGUAUUUAUCGGCGUAAACACUGGUGCGAACCAUUUAGGUCCGGCUGCAGGCCCCAUGAGCGGGUAUUUGACAUCCAAGCUUGCGACGGCUUCGGUGGUGGAGUUUUUUCAGGCCGAAUAUCCCAACAUCAAAGCCUUUAAUGUUAGUCCCGGCAUGGUACAGACCGACAUGAGCGCCAAGGCCAACGUCAAAGGAUAUGCAAUUCAUGAUUCACCAAGUUUGAUGGCCAAUUUUGCCGUCUGGCUUGCUGGUCCUGAUUCAGAUUUCCUCAAUGGACGUUUUCUUUGGGCCAACUGGGACGUGGGAGAAUUGAUUGCCGCCAAAGAUAAGAUCGCAGCGAACCCAGAGCAACUACGUGUAAACUUUGGAGGCUGGCAGGAGAACUAUGCAAAAUUGAAGUGA